AUGGCAGUCAGUAUUGGUUCUCAAAAUGAAUGGUCGCGCAUUCUCAGCUCGUCGACAAUCGUUGUCGCAGACUUCUACGCCGACUGGUGUGGUCCCUGCAAGAUGAUUGCACCGACGUUCGAAUCGCUCGCGACCAAAUUCUCCAAGCCCGGCAAGAUUACCUUUUGCAAGGUGAACACCGAUAGCCAGCAGUCCAUUGCCUCGGCCCAUGGUGUCCGCGCCAUGCCCACCUUUCUCAUCUUCAAGAAUGGCUCCGUUAUUGAGACGAUCCAGGGUGCGAACCCGCCGGCCCUGACUGCCGCCGUCGAGAAGUCUGUCAAGCUGGCUGGUACAUCUGCCCCCGGUGCCUCUUUCAAGACCCCUGGCAGGACCCUCGGCGGUACCGGACCUGCAACGACCUCGAGUCGUUGGGGCGGCGGCGGUGGACGUUCGUUGGGAGGAUCAUCCAGAUUCAGCUCGUUCAACGUGCUUAAUGCGUUGUUGACGUUCUUUGGAUUAUACAUCGUCUCUCUCUUUUCGGCAAGUUUUCAGAAUUUCGACCCAUACAAGGCAGCAGAAAACUCCGAUUUCAACGUGCACAAGCCCAGGAGCGAGACAUUUGGUAGAGACCAGGGAAGCGGAAGACCGGGAGCAGCAGCAGCAGCGCGCCCUACAAAUGGCGUAAAAACCUUGGCUGAUCUCGGUGGAAGUUAA